CUUAUUUGGCUGUCCCUAAAUGUCCUGCUUUUCUGGAAAACCUUCCUGCUGUACAAUCAAGGGCCAGAAUACUACUACAUCCACCAGAUGCUGGGCGUAGGAUUGUGUCUUAGCCGGGCCUCUGCAUCUGUCCUGAACCUCAACUGCAGUCUUAUCCUUUUACCCAUGUGCCGGACACUCCUGGCUUAUCUUCGAGGGUCACAGAAGGUUCCAAGCAGGAGAACAAGAAGAUUAUUGGAUAAAAGUAAGACGUUGCACAUAACCUGUGGCAUAACUAUCUGUGUUUUUUCAGGUGUGCAUGUGGCUGCCCACUUGAUGAAUGCCCUCAACUUCUCAGUGAACUAUAGUGAAAAUUUCCUUGAAUUGAAUGCAGCAAGAUACCAAAAUGAGGAUCCUAGAAAGCUUCUCUUCACCACUGUUCCGGGUCUGACGGGUGUCUGCAUGGUGGUGGUACUGUUCCUCAUGGUUACAGCUUCUACCUAUGCAAUAAGAGUUUCUAAUUAUGAUAUCUUCUGGUAUACUCACAACCUCUUCUUUGUCUUCUACAUGCUGCUGCUGUUACAUGUUUCAGGUGGGCUGUUGAAGUAUCAAACCAAUUUAGAUACCCACCCUCCUGGCUGCAUCAGUCUUAACCAGACCCAGGAUCAGGACAUUUACUCACCAGAAGACUUCUCAGAACAUUUUCAUGGACCUUUGCCUGAAGGAUUUUCAAAACCAGAAGCUCGUAACCAGAAAACACUUGUGAAGAUUUGCCUGGAAGAGCCUAAGUUCCAAGCUCAUUUUCCACAGACGUGGAUUUGGAUUUCUGGACCUUUGUGCCUAUACUGUGCUGAGAGACUUUACCGCUGCAUCCGGAGCAACAAACCUGUCACCAUCAUCUCAGUAAUCAAUCAUCCCUCAGAUGUCAUGGAACUCAGAAUGGUCAAAGAAAACUUUAAAGCAAGACCAGGCCAGUAUAUUAUUCUACAUUGUCCCAGUGUAUCAGCAUUAGAAAACCACCCAUUUACUCUCACGAUGUGUCCUACUGAAACCAAAGCAACAUUUGGUGUCCACUUUAAAGUAGUGGGAGACUGGACAGAACGAUUCCGAGAUUUACUACUGCCUCCAUCUAGCCAAGACUCUGAAAUUCUGCCCUUCAUUCAGUCUAGAAAUUAUCCCAAGUUGUACAUUGAUGGUCCUUUUGGAAGUCCAUUUGAGGAGUCACUGAACUAUGAAGUUAGCCUCUGUGUGGCUGGAGGCAUUGGGGUCACUCCAUUUGCAUCGAUACUAAACACUUUGCUGGAUGACUGGAAACCAUACAAGCUAAGAAGACUGUACUUUAUCUGGGUAUGCAGAGACAUUCGAUCAUUCCAAUGGUUUGCAGACUUGCUCUGUAUGUUGCAUAACAAGUUUUGGCAAGAAAACAGACCUGACUAUGUGAACAUCCAGCUGUACCUCAGUCAAACAGAUGGGAUACAGAAGAUAAUUGGAGAAAAAUAUCACACACUGAAUUCUAGACUUAUUAUUGGACGUCCUCGUUGGAAGCUUUUAUUUGAUGAAAUAGCAAAAUGUAACCGAGGGAAAACAGUUGGAGUUUUCUGCUGUGGACCAAGUUCGAUUUCCAAGACUCUUCAUAAUUUGAGUAACCAGAGCAACUCAUAUGGGACAAAAUUUGAAUACAAUAAAGAAUCCUUCAGCUAAAAUCUUAGGAGACUAAUCUUUUGAGGACUCUAAAGAAGGAACAGUGCAAUUUCUAUAACUUGGAAACUUACCUGAAUCAAACAACUGUGCUAUGCCAAAGAAUAUCAAGGUUUCCUUAUUUAUGAUUACUUAAAGUGAGAAUUCAAAGAAUGUGGCAAAAUGACAUGUUUAAUCCUGAAAAUAAAGAGGCCCUGAAGAAUAUUUGUUGGUGAUUCACAUUUUGAUGGGCAAAUUAAAAGAAUGCUGUUAGAUGCACACUGCUGAUUUUUAUGGAAAUUCCAAAAACUCUCUUGUGAGGAACUUAUCUCACUUGCUCUGAAGCUGAUAGCUGCAAUCCUCUUUAAAUUGUUUUUGGUUGAACAGAUUCAGGAUUGAACAAAAUUAAAAAUUCAUUGAAACUUAGACUCCAUUUUCUAUGUUGUACAUAAGUGGAGUAGCUUUAAUUUGUAAAGGAUCCAGACAAACACUUGGAGUUUGAAACUGCAGCACAAAACUUUGUAUCGAUACAGGUACUUCAUGUCCACUUCUAAUCGCUUUCACUACUAACUAUAUGGUCUCCCUUUAUUGUUUCUCCUCUACACUCGCCCAAGCCUUCCGCCCAUAUUGAUAUGGUAUCUCCUUUCUAAUUUUUGCACCUUAUCCACUACUAGGGAAAUCUGCACUCCCUUAGCUGACUUUGGACACAAUAAUGUAAUAGAAAUAUUUUAUCACCAAUUUGCUCAAUUGAGUCCUAUUGCAUAGUAAUGAAAACUGUAAAAAGAUAGCCUACUAAAGUGCUUUGUUUAGUUUAUGCUUAGACUCCAAAGAGUCUUGUAUCUUGCAGUGAAUCCUGAAGCACAAGACCUCUCUCCUUUGUCUCACUUUGCUUUCAGCCAGAGAUGUUGAAGUAACAUUCCUGAAGUGGGAUCCUCACUUUGCUUUCUACAAAAGAGUAACUACUUCAAUAUUUAUUCAAAUUUAAGCUAAGAAUCACUAAUAUUAUGUUUGCACUAUUUGUUAUCUCGGUGAGUUAUUAGAUUUAAAUUUCCUAUUUCUGUGACCCAAUCAGUUUAUGACCUCUCAUUAUGUAAUAUUCUUGAACUAGAAGGAAAACCUACUUUGCUACCUUAAUAAUUAAGAUAUUCUUACAGUUUCUCAAUUAAUUUGGUCAAUAGCUAGUAAUGCUAUCAAGUGUAACAUCUUGCUGAAAUCAGUCCUUGCCUUAUUUUUGGCAGUCUUUUGCAUGUCAGAUAACAAUGAUAAAUGCUGUUAUUAUUUGGUUUUGGUGAGAUUCACCACUAGCAAACAAGAAUACUAAAACAUCUAGCACCAAAUGACCACAUUAUAUUGAGUUACACAUAAUUUUUUCCCUUUCCUUGAAUCACUUUCUUAUUCCUUCUAUGGGCAAUGUGCAAUGCUCAUGUAAAUUGAGCUCUGAGUACGUCUAUAUGCCAUUGUAUCUUGGCCAUGCUAUCCAGAUUAAGAUGGAUUUUCCUAAAAAACAUUGAUCAAAAAGAACUCAUCAAAAGAAGUGAGUUUGAUCCAGGCUUGAUGUGUAAUACUGACUCCUUAUUGAUCAUAACAUUCAUGUAAUUAAUUAUGUGAAUUUGUCAGAUUUCAAUCAUUCAGAUCAAGCAUUUUUGCAAAGAAAGAUUGUCUGCAAUAUUGGAUAAACCUCCUUGCCUAAUCUAAAUUCCAGUGUGUGUCCAAGCAUCUAUAUGUUAAACAUAGUUUUUUUUUGAACAAGAAUAAAAUUAAAGCUUUAUCACUCAUAUAAAAAACAGCUUUAUUUUGACAGAUUAUUUCUAUGGUGGCCAUUGUUGUUGUGUAUGCCUUAAAUCACUAAUUUUGAUGGCAAUAAAUAUUAAAAUUGAAAUGUC